AUGACGACGACAAAAGUUACGACCACCGCUACAACAACAAGCGUGGCACAUCUUCUUCGGCUAAAGCUUUUGAAAAGCAAUUAUCUAAUGUGGAAGACCCAGUUUCUUCCACUGCUCAGAAGCCAAGGCCUAUCGCCGAUCGUUGAUCUCCGCCAUUGCCAACCAGAUCCUCCAGGAAACUUCAUCGUUAACCCAAAGUACGAGGCAUGGUACAAGAACGGUCGGAUGGUAUUUUCAUGGAUCGUUUCUUCAUUAAAAAAAUCUGUCUUUCCCACGAUCGUCGAUCUUCAUACGGCAAAAUCAGCAUGGCACGCUUUCGCUCGUGCCUAUGCCUCUGGAAAUCCAAUCAAGAUUGCAUAA